AUGAAGAUGGACUGGGCCUUCCUCCUCUUCCUGCUAGCAACUAGCAUCUACAUAACCUACCACAACCCUGACGACGCUGCCCUGCUCCCUGGGUUUUUCGUCCCUCCUGUGCUGAUUUUGUAUGUUAUCUACUGGAGGAAACUGCGCGACGAGAUCCCUCUUGAUCUUGUCAUCAAGACUUUUGCCUUCGGUUUCCUGCCGGGAGCAGCCGUAGUGAUGAUACUGGAGCUCAUUCUGGCGGGUAUCUUCUUCUUCGUCUGCUUCAACGAGCAGAUAGAGGGCUGGUUUUCUGCGCUGUCCUCCCUCACCACCAUGAAUGGGAGCAACGCACCGAGGGAGGUUCACUUCACAAUCGCCCAACAGCUCUUCCACAGGCUCCAUCGCCCUCAGCAGAUCUCGCGGACUUUGGUGGACCAUGUGUUGCAAGCCCAAGGGGGAGGAGACACAGACCCGUUGACGGACAUCGAGAGCGCGUACGGAAUUGUCAUCAAGAGGUCACCCGGGUUCUACCUCUUCAUCGCUUUGAUGGCGUAUGUGAUCGCUGCGGGGACUGAAGAGAGUCUCAAAUAUUUCACUCCUCUGAGAUUUCAGGCCUGCAGGAACAGCAGCAGCAAGUUCGUCUUCCUCGUCUGCGCCGUCUCCUGUGCGCUGGGUUUCUCUACCGUGGAGAACAUGGGAUACGCCAUGGGGUCGCGCGGGGAGGAGGGGCAGGCAAGCCUGUCAGCUCGAGCGUACACCGCCUACUCCAGAGCUGUGGUGGCCAUUACGGCUCAUGGAGUUUGCGGGGGGCUGGUGGGGGUGGGGCUGACGAAGAAGCACGUGCUCGGGAAGAGCUGGGGUUUCCCGAGGAUCCUGCUGCCUUCGCUGCUGGUGCAUGGGACGUUUGACUUCCAACAGCUCCUCAUCGCCGUCCUCGUAUGGAAUGUUGAGGUUCAGAACAUCUGUGUUGUAGUUCUCAACUCUAUCGUACUUGUUGGAGCAUCGGUGUGGUAUGCUGUCAAGGGUUUGGAUCUCACGCUCACAACGCAAACGCCGCAUGAAGGCGUCGAGCUGCGAGACGACGUUCGGUUGCUCGGGCAACAAGCGUGA